CUAAUUACUCUCCAAUGUCUCUUCACAACAACCAACGAACAAAAUAGGCACUGCAUAGCCAUGUAAAUCUUUCGAAGAAAUCUUCUUUCUCGUUCUCUCUGUGUGUGCAGGACAAAGACGACUAUGCAAAUGUUAAGGACCAGUCAUAAUCGAAACGACGACAGAGCAGGAUCUUUCUUUUUAGCCACUCUGAUUCUGUGGUUCGUCUCGGUUUGGUUUGAGAUACUAUUCAACAAGCGCAGGGAGCUCCUUUGGAUCAUUGCUGGAACUUGGUUUUUCCAGAUAUCCAACUGGGUCAUUCGGUUUUUGGUCUCUCGUGACCCCCUAUUUGUUAAUACCUCUGUUUCUUUAUUCCACUCCACCGUCACCUCUGUUUCAGUGUUGUUCAUUUUAGUCUAUCAGUGUUUAAAAAAUGGUUCAGAUGGGUUGUUUGAGCAUUCACAACUGGUUGGAGGUACAUGGGAAUGGGCAUACCCCACUUUGUGUUUCUCUUGCGGUUAUUUUGCAUAUGAUCAGUUGGAUAUGCUGCUUUACCGAUUAUACAGUGGUUUAAUUCCUUCCAUCCUCAUGCACCAUCUGAUACUUCUCAUUUGCUUUACCCUGGCUUUGUAUCGAAAUGUCACAGUCAACUACCUUAUUCUAACUCUGAUUUGUGAGCUGCAUUCAAUCUUCCUACAUGUGAGGAAAGUGCGACGGAUGGCUGGUGUUCGAGAUGCCAAGAGCAAAAUUGUGAAGCUAGAAUGGGUUCUUAAUUGGGUUACUUUCAUUGUCGCAAGGUGUGUGUCUCACAUUCUCAUCACCAUCAAGCUAAUCAGAGAUGCUCCCAAGUUUGAAAAGGGUGUGCAGUUGCCACUGGCUCUGUUUGGGAUGACUGGUAUGAAUUUACUCAAUGCUGGUCUUGGCAUUGAUCUUUUUAAAGCAUUCAAAAGGGAGAUAAAUACUCUUAAAGGUAGUUAUAAUCAUGGUGAAUGACCAAGAGAAUGAGGAGGGACAAAGGGAGUGUGUCUCUUAAUUUGUUUUUCCUUGGCCCUCUGUAAUAUCCUUGAUGGAUGUAUUGUACCAACAAGAAAGUUUUGUUAAAAUUUAUUUUAUUAAUAACUAUUCUUAGAUGAA